AUGGGUGUAAGCUUGCUCUCCAGAGAAGUGCACAGUCUGGAGUACAUAACACUCAAACCAGACCUCACCUUGGAUGAUUUCAAGGGGGAUAUUAGGAUUUGGAAAGUGGACGAUCCCUUCAGCGAUGAAGAAACACUGGAGGGCAUACUGGAACAAAUUGACUACACGCUCGAGCAGGUUGCGACCGAGGUGGAAGUUCCGUCUCUACAAGUACAAAGUCUGUUACCCAGCCCGACCCUAGCCACGACGAUCCUAGGAAAAGUUAAAAGUACGAGGAAACGAUCACAAUUUCCACCGCUUGAGUGCUAUUUUUUCUAUACCAUUAAUCAUAACACGAAAGUUUCACAACCCCCGCCUGUUGUAGCUGUGCGAAAGCUCUAG